GUACCCCACAGUCGACUUCCCCGCGUUUUCUGUCAAUUGUCCCAUGGGAACUAACCCUGCUGGUACUACACGAGCAGUCUCAACACCAGGGUUCCUUCAUAUCUGUUACGUACAACACUCCUGUACAGACCGGAAAGCACAUGUUACACAGCUUGCAAUUGUUCAAGGCAACCUCAACUCGUCUCUGUAUGCCCAUUGACGCGGAGGGAUCGAGAAAGACGAAUUCAAUCGGGGUGUGUCUUUUUGCUGGACUCUUUGCUAUAUUCAUCAGGAGACUCCAAAGGCCUGCUUUCUCUCCUUCUCAAAGAGUUACUGUCCUUUUGCAAUUGACCUAUAUCCAAGCCAUUAAAGGAGUUCGCUCUCUGUGCUUUCUUAAACCUUGUCGCACGGCUAACCGCGGCCAGUUUUAUGCACCAUGGCUGACUCAGUUGCACAGCAUAGUUCACCAAUCCUCUCCCGGUCAGCGGGAAGCUUUUACUACAGUAGGUGUCCAGCGCGGGCCGCUGCUGGGUCGAAUUCCAUCUGCGCAGUGGAGGUGCCAAGUCGGUUGACAGCAACCGAGUGUUUGACGUCCAUGUAUAAAUGGAGUGCCUAACUUACUUAGUACCUCAUCAUCAAUUGACUAUCUCUAUCUAAUCGAGAACAUACUCGGUUUUGAGGUACAAUGCAUAACUAUAGUGACUGCUUACGCCA